UUGGGUCGCCAACGUUCAAGAGGCCCGAUGUCCACGCCAACGGUAACCGUUAGCGGGCCGGUAGCAUCCCCAAGGUGCACACCGCGUUGCAACUUGGGGUUGGGCUUCAGCCGUGGCGGGAAACCGGCCAACGGUCCGCAAAUGCGAAUACUUGAGGCGGCACAGCGCGUCCACAAGACGACGACUUCCGUUUGUCGCCAAGCGCGUGUCGCCGUGUGCAGGACGUCGCACUUACGUUGUCGGCCGUGUUCUCUUCCGUCUAGUGCCGUUGCCGUCGUCCGUCGCAUGGCUGACAUCUUUCGCAAGCUCCCGCUGCUGCUUCUCGCCGUCUUCCUACUGGUCGUCGUCGUAGUGUUGCACGUAUGUUUCGUCGGGAACGCGCCGCGGCGUCGACGCAGACGAACUUCGCCGAUGAAGGCGGUCAGGACGGAUAGUGAACAGGGAUCCCCCAGGGGAGGAGGGGAGCAGGUUGUGAGCAGGCGUGCCGUUGGGAGUUCUUCUCCAGCUUGCAGGUUGUCGUUGGGGGUCGGUAAUUCAUCACUGCCGCCGCAUUUGCAACCCCUCCCUGACUCAUCUGAUGAGCAGGAGAGGGAGGGACGGGCACACACUGUUCCAUUGGGUAGUGGUUCUACGCAGGAAUGGUCUUGGACGGAGCUGUGCGGCGGCAGUGGCGGCGUGCACGGCCAGUUCUUCACUGAACUGCUGGCGCCUGGUCUCGACGGGGAAGAAGGGCAUGGCGGAUCGAACCUGUCUUCCGGUCAGUCGAGAGGGAGGUGUGGAAGCCAGUCGCGCACAGUGAUAGUCAAUCCCCAUGUCGGCGACGACGGCGGGCAGUUAACCGCUGUGGACCAAUCAUCAAAAUCCGCAGGCGCGCAGAAGUGGCAGGGACGAGCGAGCACGCAAGGUCGUCCGUCGUUUAUGCAGUCCCCGGCUCCGGUGUCUGCUGCGUCCAACCUGGGACGUCGACGUGGCAUUGUCGAGGAGGGGGGGGGGUACUUGGACGACGUCGUUGACGAUCACGACGGGAGGUUAGUGUGGGCGGAGGAGCGACGGAAGAUCAGGGAGGGGCGAGCGGAGGGGUGGAGCGGCUGAGGAUGGACAGGCAGGCGGAAGAAGUUGAGGAGCCACAUGCGGGGCUUCCGUCCGAAG